AUGGGCCCAGUUCAUUGCUUCAUUAUAACUGCCAAUCAAAUAAGUGCAGCACCUUUCACAGCUUUACAAAUUCUUUCUCUGUCAUUUAAAAUCAUCAACACAAUAAAGUAUGAUAACUUCAGAUCACAUAUGAUCACCUUCACUUUCUUUCCUCCUUUCUACUAUCUUCCGCCUUCGCCUCCUGUUGCACGGCGGUCUGUGCCGUCGACCACGGCGGCGGCGCCGUCGACGCCGCCAACUCUUCCCGGUAACAUCUUCUCAGACCAGCAACUGCAGCAGCAAAUUGCCUCGAUUAAACAACGGCAACAGCUUCAACAGGAAAUGUUGCUUCACCAGUUUCAACAGCAGCAGCAGCAGUUAGCUCAAGAGCAUGAGAAACAACUGCAGGAACACAUAAAAGUUUAUCUUGAGCAGCAAAAGAAAUUAGAGCAGCAGCAACGGAUAGAAAAAGAAAUGAUAGAGAAAAAACGCUUGGAAAAGAUAAAAAAUAAAAAUAAAGAUGAAGAAAGUGCGAUAGCUUCUUCAGAAGUGAAACAGAAGUUGCAAGAAUUUGUGUUAACAAAGAAGCAGCGAGAAGCCGCAGCCAGCAACAUGACAAACUCUCCUCCACAAUUUCGGCAUUGGGUUGGCCAUCCUGGAUCUGUCGAACAGAAUUCACCUCCGCAAAGCGGCCUAUCGCCACCAUAUGGUCCAUCGUCCCUUAUCGGCAAAUAUGAGGAUGACUUCCCUUUGCGGAAAACAGCUUCUGAACCCAAUAUUCUAAAAGUGCGCUCUGCUCUGAAGCAAAAAGUUAUGGAACGGCGCAUUACUCAAAGUCCUAUGCUGCGACGGAAGGAUAAGGGAACUUUACCACUCAAACGCAAAUCACCUUUGUCAAUAGAUUCAUCCAUAUGUAACAGUAACCCUGACUCAGGUCCAAAUUCACCACCAGGUGGAGCCACUGGUACACUUCCAAAUGGAAGUUUAACAUCCCUCCAGUCAAAAGAGCUAUAUAAAACAAGUAUUGCUCAACAAGGAACAGACUUUAGUUUGUACACAUCACCCUCCAUGCCAAACAUCUCUCUUGGACGACCUCCCACCUCCACUGGUAGCAGCAGCAACAGCAGUCCAUCAUCAGGAAUGACAGAAGCUGACCUCCGUGCCAUGAAUGCUGCCCGGUACAACCUGCCGCUGUCCAGUCACCUCUUAUCAAACACUCUGCCAUAUUACGCUUCACACCAAGUAAUUGAUGGAGAAUUCACUCAAAAUCAAGCAGCUUAUCUGUCUGCAGCACAGAUGAAGCCAUUUGAAGAGAAUUGCACAGGAAAAAUUCCCUCACCACUUGUUAGUCCCUACUCCAUUCCAAGCUCUGUAAGUCCAAGUAUAUCUGAGGCCCAGGCAGCACAUGCUCGUUUGAGGCAUCGUCCGUUAGGUCGAACCCAGUCUGCUCCCCUCCCUCUUCAACACCCCCUGUUGCAACAACAGCAGCAGUCAAUCUUCUUACAGCAACAACAACAACAGCAACAGCAGCAACCACACCAUCAGCAGCAGCAGCAACAACAACAGCAGCAACAGCAAGAACAGAAAAAGAUGUAUUUAAAACAGCAUAUUCGACAGGCUGUGUUGCAACGUGUGGGCAGCAAGAGUCACAUGGAGAACGUUGAUGAGGAAACUGAAGUAAAAUUAGCCCAGGAAAUGAAGGAUUCUAGACAGCACGAUGAUGCGGAUGUUGUUGUCAUCAAGGAUACAAAAAUGGAUGAACAAGCUAGUGAGCUUGACCAACAGAACAACCGCGAGAGAGAAACGUUGAUAAGUGGCCAACAACGAGAUUCACUUUUGAAAAUCCGACAUAGAACAUCACAUCACCGUCCUUUAUCCAGAACCCAGUCCAGUCCGUUGGUUACUUUUUCAAUGCCUCCCCAGCAGACCCAGGACACUGGCCCUGUUCGUUACACAUUCACCACAGGUUUGGCUUAUGACACAAUAAUGCUAAAGCACCAAUGUUCAUGUGGAAAUAAUGCAGCCCAUCCUGAACAUGCAGGUCGUUUACAGAGCAUCUGGUCACGACUCCAAGAAAGAGGACUUGUGACACGUUGUGAGCGGGUGAAAUCAAGAAAAGCCACAUUAGAGGAAUUACAGAGUUGUCAUACAGAAAAUUACACAUUAUUGUACGGAUCAAAUAAUUUUAAUCGACAAAAGUUGGACCCCAAGAUUAUAGAUUCAUUACCCGUAAGAUUUUGUAUUUUAUCAUGUGGAGGAAUUGGUGUAGAUUCUGAUACAGUUUGGAGUGAUAUACAUACUACAACUGCUGCUCGCAUGGCAACAGGCUGUGUGAUAGAAUUGGCCUUCAAAGUUGCAGCUGGAGAAUUAAAGAAUGGUAUGGCCAUAGUUCGACCUCCAGGACACCAUGCAGAGGCACAACAAGCUAUGGGAUUUUGUUAUUUUAACUCCAUUGCAAUAGCUGCCAAACAGCUUCGUGAAAAGAUGAAAUUGGAAAAGAUCCUCAUCCUUGAUUGGGAUGUGCACCAUGGCAAUGCCACACAACAAAUGUUUUAUCACGACCCGUCAGUCCUGUACAUAUCAAUUCAUCGACAUGAUGAUGGCAACUUUUUCCCAGGCACUGGUUUUCCUGAAGAAUGUGGUGCCGAUGAAGGACUUGGUUUUAAUGUUAACAUUGCUUUUGGGGGAUGCCUCAAUCCUCCUAUGGGUGAUGCAGAAUAUUUAACAGCUUUCAGGACAAUCAUCAUGCCCAUAGCAAGAGAAUUCAACCCAGAUAUUGUUUUAGUCUCCGCUGGCUUUGAUGCUGCUGCUGGUCACCGUGCCCCGCUUGGAGGUUAUGACGUCAGUCCUGACUGUUUUGGUCAUAUGACUCGUGAAAUGAUGUCUCUUGCCGGAGGUAAAGUGGUGCUGGUCCUUGAAGGGGGUUAUGACCUCCCAUGUAUCUGUGAUGCUUCCGAAAAAUGUGUAGCAGCUCUUCUUGGAGAUGAGCUUCAGCCAAUCCAGAAGACUGAGCUUUGUAGAGAAUGCUGCAAACCAGCUUUGGAGACACUUGACAGCUCAAUAAAAAUUCAAGCUAAUCACUGGCCUUGCCUGAAACGUUACCUUUCAACUAUCCAGUACUCGUUGAUAGAAGCCCAGAGGCGGGAAAUAGAAGAAGCUGACACAGUGUCUGCUCUUGCCUCUUUGUCCAUGGUUACUGCAAAAAGUGGUUCUACGGUGAUAACAGAAUCAGAACAGUCAGCUGAACCAAUGGAAGAAGAAUCCUAG